AUGGCGACGAAAAGAGCGCAAGCCGGGUUGGCGAAUGCGGCGAGGACGACGUUUGCGGAUACGGAACUGAAAUCGCACGUGUACAAGAAGACGCUCCAAGCUUUGAUCUACCCAAUCUCUGCCACGACCCCUCACAACUUCGCGACGACCACCUUCCAAACACCGACAUUCUGCAACGAAUGCGAGGGAUUGCUAUGGGGAUUAGCACGACAGGGACUACGGUGUACUCAGUGUAACGUCAAAGUACACGAUAAGUGUCGCGAAUUGCUAAGUGCGGAUUGUCUCCAACGGGCGGCCGAGAAGUCGUCGAAACACGGAGAGGCCGACAGGACACAGUCGUAUCAGAAUGUUAUCAGGGAUCGAAUGAUUAUUCAGGAGCAGAAUAAGCCGGAGAUAUUCGACAUGAUCCGAAAUAUAUUCGAUGUGCAGGAGAGCGUACAGAAGGACACGUUGAAGUCGGUGAAGGCGUCGAUUCUGGAGGGAAGCAGCAAGUGGAGUGCGAAGAUUACGUUGACAGUUCUGUGCGCACAAGGUCUCAUCGCAAAAGACAAAACCGGCAAGAGUGAUCCGUACGUGACGGCUCAAGUGGGAAAAACGAAACGAAGGACACGCACCAUACACCAAGAAUUGAAUCCCGUCUGGAACGAGAAGUUUCAUUUUGAAUGUCACAACUCGACGGACCGUAUCAAAGUGCGGGUGUGGGACGAGGACAACGAUCUGAAGUCGAAGCUCCGUCAGAAGUUGACGCGGGAAUCCGACGAUUUCCUUGGACAGACUGUCAUCGAGGUGCGGACACUCAGUGGAGAAAUGGAUGUGUGGUAUAAUCUCGAGAAGCGUACCGACAAAUCAGCCGUCUCCGGCGCCAUACGUCUCCAUAUCAAUGUGGAGAUCAAGGGAGAGGAGAAGUUGGCGCCCUAUCAUGUACAGUAUACCUGCUUGCACGAACACUUAUUCGCAGCUCACUGUGUCGAUGAGGAGGUCAAAUUGCCGAAGGUCAAGGGAGAGGAUAGCUGGAAAGUGUGCUUUCAGGAGACGGGGCAAGAGAUUUCGGAUGAAUUUGCGAUGAGAUAUGGAAUUGAGAGUAUUUAUCAGGCGAUGACCCAUUUCGCGUGUCUCUGCACCAAGUACAUGUGCGCAGGUGUCCCAGCAGUCUUGUCAACACUUCUUGCCAAUAUAAAUGCCUACUACGCUCACACCACCGCCACAUCCGCCGUCUCAGCUCCGGAUAGGUUUGCCGCUUCUAAUUUUGGAAAAGAGCGAUUCGUGAAGCUACUCGACCAACUGCACAACAGCCUACGGAUAGAUCUGUCCGCGUAUAGGAAUCAUUUCCCGUCAUCGUCACCGGCGAAACUCCAAGAUCUCAAGUCGACCGUCGACCUCUUGACUUCGAUCACGUUCUUUCGUAUGAAAGUUCUCGAAUUGGCGAGCCCCCCGCGAGCGUCGAACGUCGUUCGCGAAUGCGCAAAGGCUUGCAUGCAGCAAACCUACCAGCUGAUGUUCGAAUCAUGCGCCGAACAAUUCCCGAUUCUGGACACCUCUGUCCAAUUCUGGUACGAAUUCAUCGACUACAUCAUGCGAGUGAUCGAGGAGGAUCAGAAGAACUACACGCCCGCGUUGAAUCAAUUCCCACAGGAGUUGAACGUCGGUCAACUCUCCGCUGAUACCCUCUGGACACUUUAUAAGACAGAUUUGAGGAUGGCGUUGGAAGAACAUGCGCAGAAGAAGAAGUGCAAGACACCCGAGUACAUGAAUUUGUAUUUCAAAGUGAAAGGGUUCUAUUUCAAGUAUGUGGCCGAGUUGCAGUCGUAUAAGACGAGUAUUCCCGAGUUCCCUGCAUGGUUCAUUCCGUUUGUGAUGGAUUGGUUGAAUGAGAAUGACGAACACUCGAUGGAUAUUCUCAGGAAUGCUUAUAAUGUCGACAAAGCGGACAACUUCCCUCAAACCUCCGAGCACACCAAAUUCUCCAACAGUGUCGUCGACGUGUUCACCCAACUCAACGCCGCCUUAAAACUCCUCAAACAAAUGGACUGUCCGAACCCAGAAGUCGCCGCGGACAUGAUGAAACGGUUCAGCAAGACUCUUAACAAAGUGCUGCUCGCCUACGCAGACAUGGUCCAAAAGGAUUUCCCGAAGUUCGCACAUGACGAGAAGCUCGCCUGUAUUCUGAUGAACAAUGUGCAACAACUCAGAGUGCAACUUGAGAAAAUCUAUGAGACUAUGGGCGGUACGGAGUUGGACGAGCAUAUCGGACAGGUGUUGACUGUCCUUCAAAAGAAGUUGAACUCAGUUCUCGAUAAGCUCUCCGCAGAAUUUGUGGCCACUUUGGAGCCUCAUAUCCACGAACAGACGAUAAAACUAGGUAUGCUCUUGGUGAAAAUCAAAGGACCACAGUUACAAAAGACACAAGUGCAACCGGAAGCCGAUGCGGUCCUGGAACCCCUUAUGGAUCUUCUAGAAGGAUCUUUAAGAAGAUACGCCGAUCAGUGUGAGAAGACUGUGCUGAAAUAUAUUCUGAAGGAGUUAUGGAAGAUAACUAUUGUGAAUAUGGAGAAACGAGUCGUCCUGCCACCGCUAUCCGAUAAAGCGCUCCUAAAAGCUCUACCCAACGCGAAAAUUGGAGAUGUCACGAAACUUAUGUCUACUAACAUCACAAGUAUAAAGAAUAUGAACGCGGUGAAGGAGAUGAUGGAUAUAGCCAAAGAAUCUGAAAAGUCUUUGACACCCAAACAGUGUACGGUACUUGACUGCGCGUUGGACGCUAUUAAAGACAGUUUCCACGCGUCGGGCAAGGGAUUGAAGAAGUCGUUCUUUGAAAAGUCGCCAGAAUUGCAGUCGCUGAAGUAUGCGUUGAGUUUGUACACCCAGACGACGGAGCAGCUUAUCAAGACGUUCAUUACAAGUCAGAGGCAGCAAGAUCUACCGAGCCAAGAGCAACCGGUUGGAGAAGUCAGUGUACAAGUCGACUUGUUCAGUCAUCCAGGCACCGGCGAGCAGAAGGUUACCGUUAAAAUUCUCGCCGCGAACGACCUCCGUUGGCAGACAUCCUCCGCCUUCAAACCGUUCGUCGAGGUUCAUCUCGUCGGUCCCCAUCUAUCCGACAAAAAACGCAAGUGUGCGACGAAAAGUAAACCCGGCAACUGGGCUCCGAAGUUCAAUGAGACAUUCCAUUUCUUCCUCGGCAACGAAGGAGAGCCCGAGCACUACGAGCUCAUGUUCCAGGUCAAAGACUACUGUUUCGCCCGUGAAGACCGUAUUGUGGGCGUCGGCGUCCUACAGUUGUCGGCUGUCGUUGAUCAAGCGGGAUCGUGCGCGAUGUGGGUCCAACUCGGCACUCGUCUUCAUAUCGACGAGACCGGACUCAUUUUGUUAAGGAUUCUAUCGCAACGACAGACUGAUGAGAUAGCAAAAGAUUUCGUCCGUCUCAAAACCGAAUGCCGUUACGAAACGGAAACCGUGAUGGCGGCGUCCGCCUCCAGCCAAAACAUCAAUCGAUCGUGA